AUGGUUGCCGACGCCCUUGUCUAUCACCCUGCGCUGACCCAUUACCUCCGAUAUGUUGCGACAACAGUCGGUCGUGACAAAGUCCUCCGAACAAUCCAGUACUUCAGCAGAUUCUACGCGUGGUACUUGUAUCGCACCAACAACCCGACAAGCGCCAUCCUGCCAUGGACCACGAUCAAGAAUCAAUUCGGGUUGACGAGAAAGAUCCUGCGCGUUGGGAAAUUCGUCGAGCACAUCCGCGCUGGAUCCGAACUAUACGAUGCGGCCAUCAAGUCGGGCAAUGGGGACAAGAUCGUGCAAUAUCUCCAGAUUCUGAGGCAGAUUGGCUACGCUGGCUACAUGUUCUUCGACAUGAUGACGCUGUUGGACACAAUGGGAGUCAAGAAAGAUCCUCGGGCGAAGAGCAUCCAGGCCACGGCAUACCGGUUCUGGUUCACAGGUCUGGUCGCCAGCGCCCUUGCUGGCAUCUACAACACUUAUAAACUGAGGGAACGUGCCAGGGCUGUGGAUGAGAAGGACGCCGAAGCCAAGGUGGAGAAGGUCAAGAUUGCCAGACAACAACGAACUGUCAACAUCCAGCUGAUCUCCGACCUCUGCGACCUUACAGUGCCCGGCACAAUACUCGGAUAUGUCAAUCUUGACGACGGUAUCAUUGGUCUGGCCGGGGUGACCAGCAGUUUGCUCGGCAUGUAUGGAGCAUGGCAGAAGACUGCUUGA